CACCUGAAAAUCAUAUUUAAAACUAUCUCUAGGUUUUCAUAAUUUUCUUAUUUUGGGAUUUGUUGUAUCACCUUAUUGUAAACGAUGAUCAUUCGAUGAGGAAAGAAUUAAUGUGCAGAAAAGGUCAGGCUGCUCAAACCAAAAGGUGUUUUAGAGAUGACCAUCAUAUAAAAAUGUACAUAUAUUUCUAAUUAUUGGAUCAAAUGGGAUUAAACUUUUCCAAACAAGAGGUAAUUUUGAAGGAAGAUCUAAGCUUACAACAUCAUGUGAUCAAUUAUGUGAGCAAAAGUCUUUAUAUUCGAAACUUGGUAUCAAGACAGAGAAGGAGAAUGUUGGUUGAGGGGUAUGAUCUUGACAUGUCUUACAUUACAGAUCGUUUACUAGCCAUGUCAUUCCCUGCAGAACGUAUGAGAGCCAUGUUUCGCAAUCCUCUUUGGCAGGUCAAGUCUGUUCUUGACAUGAGACAUCAUGAACAUUACAAGAUCUACAACCUCUGCAUUGAGGAAAACUAUAAUCCAUCUCACUUUCAUGGCCGUGUGGAAGCAUUUCCUUUUGAUGAUAAUCAUGUUCCUCAGCUUGAAAUGAUCAAACUUUUCUGUGAAAAUGUGUCUUCUUGGCUUUCAUCUGAUCCCAAAAACAUUGCUGUCAUACACUGCAUGGCAGGUAAAGGUAGAACAGGCUUAAUGGUAUGUUCCUACCUUGUGUACAGUGGAAUGUCUGCAGAGGAGGCUCUUCAAUUAUAUGCUCAUAAAAGAACAACAAACAAUGAAGGAGUAUCGAUACCAAGCCAGCGUCGCUACGUGAGUUAUUGGUCAAAUUCAUUGUCAUUUCCAAAAGGGGUUGGAAAUGGACCACCAGUUGUGAACUUACCUCAACCAUGUAGCAGAGAAUUGCGUCGAAUUCGUCUCUACGACACACUCAACAUGGACUCGGUUUACUUUGUGGUGUCUGAGCUGCAACAGAUAGCUGGUCAGCUCUACCGUCCACCAGUAGAAGUUGCUAGGAGUUGCUGCAGACAAAUAAGAAAAGGAUACCAAAGGACUGAAAGUCUUAAGUAUUUCCUCAAUUUCAUUGGAAGUAAUGAAGAACAAGAAGAGAAGCCACAAGAAAAAGAAGAAGAAGAAGAAGUAGUAGAAGACCAGCAAAAGCCUCCUCAAGUUGUACAAAUGGAUACAGAGAGUCCUGUUCUAUACCAAAAGGCUUGUCUUGAAUGUUAUCUACAAAAACCUGUGCAAGUUACAGGAGAUGUGCGUGUUAUAUUUAACCAAAAAAUGAAUGGUGGGCGUCUCUUCUAUGUUUGCUUCAAUACAGCUUUCAUUAGAAACAGCCUUCUACAAUUAAGUGUUCGGGAGUUGGACAAAGUUGGGAGCAAAGGAAGAUCAAUAUGUGGCCCUGCAUUUUGCCUAGAGUUGCUAUUUGGUCCUGCUAAUGCAAAGCAUACAUGCUCAACUUGUCCAUCUGAUGAUGAUGAUAAUGAUAACAACAACAACAAUGGUGAUAAUGAUGAGUCUGGCAAUGCUUUUGGAAUGUCUGAAGAGACUGUUGAUAGCAAAUUUUAAAAGACAAAAGAGAGAUUGAGAUUGAGAGAGUUGAUUUUAGUCUCUCAUUCUACAGCUCUUGAUUUAACUAAUUUGUAUGUCUGUCUUUAUAUUCUCAUAACCUUAUUAUACACCAAAUUUAACAAUCCCAAAAACCAAACAUAUGUAGCUUGACCAUUAAGUUGUCUUUGAAAGUUUUGUACUUUAAUAGGACUUAAAGAGCCAUUUUGGCCCUUAAAAAAUCACUUUGUGUUUUGAUCUUUUGGGUUCUAAUUAAGAUGCAUAUAUGGUACAAAACAAACUCUCUUUAUUACAAUAGGUGAGACUUAUUUUGUUAUUUGUACAGAAAGAUGGGUGCAUGCACUCCACUCCACACCAUAUGGAACAAAACCUCUUUUUGACAAUAGUUAAAUAUGUAUUGCUUAUUAUUGUUUUUGACAAAUUUGUAUGUAUAUAUAUUGCUGAAUAUUUC